GAAUAAUGCAGCGCACGCACCGGUCGGUUAUGCUUUUAAGCGGAUGGUGAGGGACUAAUUACGCAAAGCUGCGAUACAUGACAGAGGGGUUUGUGGAAUGAAAAUUUGACGGCGUCACGCCAUACAAUACAACGUUUAACCGGACAGUAUUUCAAUCAUGCGUACUGUCUGCUGCUGAUAGAUGAACAUGGAGAGGCAGGCUCUGGAGUGUGCCAGGGAGGCAUUUAUCACUGGGAGGUCACGACCCCAAAAGUUUAGAGUUGAGCAGCUGAAAUCCCUUCUGAGGAUGAUUACAGACAGACAAGGGGAGAUCGCCACUGCCCUCAAACAAGACAUUAACAGGAGCCAGUACGAUACACCCCUCUUAGAGCUGAUAGGCUUAGAGAAUGAGAUCAUCCUGGCAAUGGGAAAACUCUCUGAGUGGGCGGCCCCACGGCCAAUGGAGAAGAGUAUCCUGACUCUCACUGACAAGGUGUACAUCCAGCCAGAGCCUCUGGGAGUGGUGCUCAUCAUUGGGGCCUGGAACUACCCCUGGGCUCUCACUCUGCAGCCCCUAAUAGGGGCCAUUGCUGCUGGCAACGCAGCUGUGGUGAAACCGUCUGAGCUGAGUGAGCAUUCCUCAGCUCUUCUCAGAGACCUGCUCCCCCAGUAUCUAGACCAGGAACUCUACCCUGUAGUAACAGGUGGAGUUUCAGAGACACAGGAGCUGCUGAAGCAACGUUUCGAUCACAUCUUCUACACGGGGAACAGCACUGUGGGUAAACUGGUGAUGCAGGCCGCCGCACACCACCUCACACCCGUCACUCUGGAGCUGGGGGGGAAGAGCCCCUGUUUCAUUGACAAGGACUGUGACCUCAGAGUUGCCUGCCGCCGUGUCACGUGGGGAAAGUUUAUGAACUGUGGUCAGACGUGCAUCGCUCCAGACUACGUCCUGUGUGAACCCAGCAUACAGAACAGAGUGGUGGAGGGCAUACGUCAAACAUUACUGGAAUUCUACGGUCCGGACCCCAAAUCCUCACCAGACUAUGGCCGCAUCAUCAACAGGCGCCACUUUAACAGAGUGAUGGGUCUGCUGGAGGGAUACACAGCCGCGGUGGGUGGGCAGAGUGACUCGUCACAGUGCUACAUCGCCCCCACUGUGGUGAAGGACGUCCCCCCUCAUGCCCGGAUCAUGCAGGAGGAGAUCUUCGGGCCCCUGCUGCCCAUCGUGCCUGUCAGCGACCUGGACGACGCUAUUCGCUUCAUCAACGAACGAGAGAAGUCUCUGGCACUCUAUGUCUUCUCAUGCGAUAAAAACACAAUUAAGAGGAUGCUAGCUGAGACGACCAGUGGAGGUGUGACAGUCAACGAUGUAAUGAUGCACUAUACUCUCAACUCUCUGCCCUUUGGGGGUGUGGGUAACAGUGGCAUGGGCCGUUACCAUGGCAAGCACACGUUCGAUCAGCUCAGUCACCACCGGGCAUGCCUAGUCAGAUCCCUGGGCAUGGAGGGCAUCAACGAGGCCCGGUACCCUCCUCAGAGCCGCGAGAGGGCGCGGAAGGCACGGUGCGCCUUGCGCAGCCCACUAAUUGACUUCUCUAAGCGUACCUUCGUGUGGGCUGUCACUGUGUCCAUCAUAGCGGUUGGCCUCUUAAUUGCCCUGGCGGUCAUCCUGUUUAUAGCUUCUGGUCUCAGCUGUACCUGUUGGUAUUGGCAGGGGUGGUCUCUGGGGAAAUCUCCUUGGUAAAUUCACUACUAUCAAAUUACACAGUAGACAGUACAUACUCAUGAACUGAUUCUCUUUUUCAAUGUAUUCUAUGUUAAACCGUUAACAAAUUAAGUAUUUUGCAGAUGACCAUGCAUUUUACAUAAUCUCUCUAAUGUUUUUGAACGAUGACAUUACUUUCAAAACCCAAUCUUGAAAUGCUAUUCAUGAUAUGACUCUUAGAUGUCAGAAUUUAACAAAGCUCUGAAAUGUAUAAAAUAACUGAAUUAAUUCAAUUUUAAAGUUUAUAAUAUUUUACAAUGCCAUUUUUAUUUAAUUUCUACAUUUCAGCUAGAUAUAUUACUUUCUACAUUCAUAUUUGUUUUCAAAUACAUAAUGCCUCUUCAGAGUGUGCUAUUGACUUGCAAUAUAAGUAUGCAACAAAGGUAAUGUUUUCAUGGAAAUGUAUGAUAAAAUAGGCUUGUUAGCUAGAGGCAAAACAUGUGUUGAAAAUGUGCCUUUCAGCAUUGCUUUUAUAAUCUCUCUCUCUCUCUCUCUCUCUCUCUCUCUCUCUCUCUCUCUCUCUCUCUCUCUCUCUCUCUCUCUGUUUGUGUCUCUUUCACUCACUCAAAUUCAAAUUCAAAAUGCUUUAUUGUCAUGAAUGUUCAGGUUACGUAAACAAUAUUGCCAAACAGACAACAAUGAAGGGACAACAUAAACAUUCUUUCUACAUAAAACAUCCAAUAUAAUGAUCCUUUGACCUUGAAAUACCAGGUGACUGCAGUAUCUGACAAUGCACUAGCACACAAUGACCAACAACCAUUCAUUCCUCAACAAGCCAACAGGCUGUUGGGCAUCACACAAGGGAGUAGCUACUUCUGAGGGUCCUUAAGGGAUUACAGGUUUAAACCAAUACCAAUUAGGGAUUGGUACUUUCCGUUGGUGGGAUGUGGGGAUUAUUUUCAGGGGGUAUCCACUAUAUAUUUUUGAAUGGUUGUGACUUUGAAGUAACAUUUUGAGGGUUGUAUUAUAUUUAGGAUAUUCUUUUUCAUAUAUAUAUGUGACACUGUGUAUUGAACGUACACACAUACACUACAAACUAAACAUUGUAUUGAUUUCUUUGUCAAUUAUUAUUGAUUUAUUUGCAUUAAACUUGUAAACCGAUGCUUGUCCAGCAGACAGUGGGCAGUGGGACUAGCAGCACUAGAUGGCAGUGUAGAGCUACGUAUACUCCUGGGUAAAGAUGAGAACCGUAUCAUGUUGUCAUUUAUAAUAGUGUGACCAAAUGAUGCUAAAGUGUUUUAUAAACAAUUUUGGAUGUCCUAAUUUCUUCAAAUAUUCAC